AUGCACUUGUCUCUGCUCGCAACCGGCCUCCUCGGCCUCGCCGCGCCAGCCCUUGCCGGCAAAGUCACACUCCAAGCGACGGCGAACGACGCAAACCCAAGCCAAGACCGCUGCUACGCCAUCCUCGAGAACGUCAACGGCUGCAGCGGCACCAGCGAGCCCUUCUGUUCCAACCUGCUCGGGCUCCAGGAUGGGUGCGGAAGCUGCAACGGUGUCAAGUCCAAGGAGGUAUGCGGGAGUGCAGCCGUGUCAAUGAACUUCGACACGGGUGAGUUCAAGUUCGCGAACGAGAACCCGGGUCAGGAGGCGAGCUGCCAUAUUGACCCGGCGGGCGGGACUUGCAUGCUGGGUGCUUAG